AUGAGAGUGUGUUUCCUGCAUUUUGAUACUGUAUUUUCAUUUUUGACCUACAUAUCCUGUUUUUCUUCCAGAAUUUCAGAGGUGGAGUCCCGCGCCUUUUCCGGACUCCUCCGCCUUCGCUCUCUGGAUCUGAGCAACAACCAGCUGGCUGUCAUUCACCCCGAAGCGUUCGGUACCCUCAGCCAGUCGCUGCGGGAGCUGAACCUCAGCAAAGCUCUCUACAACUUCUCAUCGGUGAUGGACCUAUCCAGCUGCCUUCAGAGGAGCUCCAUGAGGAACCUGCGGACCCUGGACCUAUCCGACAACAGCCUGGUCUACCUUCCCUCGGGUAUCUUCUCCAACCUGAGCAGCCUGCAGCGACUCCAGCUCUCCAACAACUCCCUGGUGGCCAUCCGCAACCUCACCCUCUCUGGUUUGGAGAGCCUGGAGGAGCUUGAUCUCACACUUAAUGCCUUCAAGACCUUUCCUAAUGAGAGCUUGCAAGAGUUGGACUCGCUUCGCCAAGCCUCCCUGUUUCUGGGGCAGAACCCCUUCAAAUGCACUUGCGGCAUUGAACCCUUCUCGCUGUGGCUCAACAGGUCCCAGGACCGUAUCUUGGAUGCCGACAGCCUCGUCUGCAUGUUCCCUCCCAGCAUGAGGAACACAUCCAUCCUUACGGCGGCCACACUGACUCUGGAAUGCUACCAAAGGGACGCCGGGGCAGACCUUGCUUUACAAACCUCUUACGUCUUCUUGGGUAUCGUCCUGGGUUUCAUAGGCCUCAUUUUCCUCCUUGUUCUUUACCUCAACCGCAAGGGAAUCAAGAAGCGUGUGUACGACAUGCGGGACGCCUGCAGGGAGGUCUGGGAGGGCUACCACUAUCGUUUUGAGAUAGACUCCGACCCAAGGUUAUCGCAGGUCUCCGCCAGCGCUGACCCGUGAACAGACCUUUACUGCGUCACUUCCUCUAGGAACUCUUUGUCCUGUUUCAUUUAUCAGCAACAGAAUGUAAAGAAAAAUGUACAGUUGUAUCUUUAAAUACAUAUAAAGGUUAAAAAAAAGAAACUGAUCAAAGCAUGCACUCCUGUCAAAUGGAGGUGUUUGACAUUUCCAGAAAGCAAAAGUGAAGUGCCUGAACUAAGCGCAGUAUUGUUUCUCAGUAUGUGAAUAAAACAAAUCUGAUAGAAACGAAGAACCCCAGCACUGCAAUAAAAUUCUGACACUAUGAAAACAAACCUUUGGGAAUUUAAAGCACAAUCACUCAUUCAUCUUUGAUCCCUUUCAAGCCCUUUGGUCCCUCCGGCCUCCUGCCCCAGGGUGCCAGAGAGGAAUUAAGCCACGAAAGCUUUUUCUCUCCCCCUAAAGCUCCUCUUAAAAUCACUACUCUACCCCUCUUUGGCUGUUGGAUUAGAAGGAGAGAAGACAAUUCAGCACAGGCCAGCGGAAAUCUCCCUGCCUCUUCGGGUUUUUUUUCUUCUGCCUUUCUCUUUUUCGUGAAACUUUGCUUUGUUUCAACUCCUUCAGUUUUAUUGUCAAAAUGAUGAGAACCAGCCCCAAGCUCAGGCUGCUGAAAGCAGCCCCCUCCUCCCUCGCUUCUUAAAAACAACAGCCCUCACUUUGGAGGCUCUUUGAAGAAAAAAAAAAGGGUUUGGCUCUCCACGUUUUUCUGUUUAGGGGGCUUUUCCUCCCUGCUAUGAUAAGAUACAGAUGAUUCUGAAACACCAGCCACAUUGUUCCAUUCACAAGGUCUUCUCAAGCAGUUGGUGAAGAAAGAACGAUAUGUGCUUAAGGGUUAGUUUAGCUAAUCUGAAAGUGAGGUACUGUUGCUGUAACAGCUUUCCUGCUUUAGAAAGAUGGCAUAUCUCAGUUUGUAGAGGAAAUCUUUAGAUUGUUGGAAAGUUAUCAGUUAUUCAGAUGGGUAAACAGAAUUAUUGCUUCGUGCAUCAAUUUGGCUCCACAGCAUAUCCCGGUUUAGUUUGUUCUUUAAAGCUGAGGUUUAAGUAAGGAGCAUGUUAGCGGCAGGUAACAGCACUCAGUGGUGACCUCAUGGUUAAAGCAGGAUACUGUUGUUUUGGGAAAAGCUGAAAGUUCUCUGGUUUAAAUCUAACGGCGCCCUGGGCAAAACCCUGAGGCUAAAGUGCUGGUUAUAGUUCCCUAGC